AAGCAAACUACUGACGACUCCCAGUUCCUUACUCUCUUUUCUUCUUCGAUCGAUUCACACCUGCAAGGACUGAAGGUUGGAGUUUCAUUUAUUUCUAUGUUUUCAUUCACGUGUUCUUCAGACCCACAUCCUCUGAGGCUGCGAUAUAGUAGUGAUUUAGAGGUGGCGGAGUGCGCGACGUCGCCGGCUUCGGACUGUGGCAGUGGCAACGGAGUUCGUUCUUUGGUUUUGUCCGACGAGGAGGUGUUGUUGGCUGCGAGUCACCCGAAGAAACGCGCCGGAAGGAAGAAGUUCCGGGAGACUCGCCACCCGGUGUACCGGGGUGUUCGGAGGAGGAACUCCGGCAAGUGGGUGUGCGAAAUGCGUGAGCCCAAUAAGAAAACAAGAAUUUGGCUGGGGACAUUCCCCACUCCGGAAAUGGCCGCGAGGGCCCACGACGUCGCAGCGAUAGCUCUGCGGGGCCGGUCAGCUCUUCUUAACUUUGCAGACUCUGCUUGGCGGCUGCCACUGCCGGCGUCCACUGGGGCCAAGGAUAUUCAGAAGGCAGCGGCAGAAGCUGCGGAGGCAUUCCGCCCAGGGAAGAAAUCGGAGGGCGACGAAUUAAUUCCGGAAAAUGCAGAGGCAACGACCGACACGGCCGUGGCGAUGGCGGAGGAGCAUAGUAUAUUCUUAAUGGAUGAAGAAGCAGUGCCGGGGAUGCCGGAGUUGCUGAGGAACAUGGCGGACGCUGUGCUGAUGUCGCCUGCUCAUUCCUAUGGGGAUCAGCACGAUGAUGCUGACGUGGAACUGGAUGAUGCUGAGGUGUCAUUAUGGAGUUAUUCAAUGUAACUUUAUUAUUAACUAUUCAAGGCGCGUGUGGUGUGGAUAAAAUGGGUUGUGUACAAUCCUUUUCUUUUCGGCACUAACUAGUCGGUAGUCACUAGUUCUAGAAGUAGGGCUUCUCGUUAAUGAUUUUUUUUUUUACCUCCCCAAAUGUUUUGGUCGGGAAGUAUCCGUACUUUAAAUUUUAUCAUGUACGGAUGCUAAAUCCUAUGCUAAAGU